GUUUGACAGAAGCUACAAUAUUAGAUACUAGUAGACACAUCAUUGCGAGGCGGUCAUUGAUAUGGAGUGAUAGAGGAACCAAUUUUCUGCAGGUUAUUUUCGGUUUAGGUCUCCCUUUUGAGGUUGAUCGACAGUCAGUAACAAUAGGAACAGUCAUAAAAGGAUUUUACGAAGUACCGAGUAACAGUAGCGUUUUCACAGAGCCUUCUAAUAUUAUUUACGAGAGGAAAAAACGUUCUACCUCAAGAUGGACGAUUUAUACGAUGCUUGAAAAAUUCUUCGAGAGGUAUAAUGGAGGAGACGGCAAAUCCUGCCUUCUGAAAUCAAUCUGCGAAGUCUCACAUUCUCCAUUGGAUGACAGCCACAGUAUCCUCGCCGAAAUUAUUUCAGCUGUUUUAAGACCUUCUUCAACCAUAGAGGAGUUCGAUCAUCACACGAAUAUGGACUACGUUUCUGCCGAACAACUUGGUAUAAAUGGGGGUAACUGUGCUCGUUUAUAUUCCGAGUGUAAAUUGAAUAUUCUGGAGCAGUACUCAAGAUUUAUUGAUUGAAUAAAGUGUUCG